GGCGUACUCCCUAGUUGACUCCAGUCAAGUGUCCACCUUCCUCAUUUCCAUUCUGCUCAUUGUCUAUGGCAGCUUCAGGUCAUUAAACAUGGAUUGUGAGAACCAGGACAAGGAUAAGGAUGGAAACCCUUCAACAACGGGGUCAUUCAAUAACAACAAUACAAACAACAGCAUUCAGACUAUAGACUCCACACAGGCCCUGUUUCUGCCCAUAGGAGCCUCAGUGUCUCUGCUAGUCAUGUUCUUCUUCUUCGACUCUGUACAGGUGGUCUUCACCAUCUGCACUGCAGUUCUUGCAACAAUUGCAUUUGCAUUCCUUUUGUUGCCAAUGUGCCAGUAUCUGACCAGACCCUGCUCCCCACAGAACAAGAUUUCGUUUGGUUGCUGUGGGCGCUUCACUCUGGCUGAGCUCCUGUCUUUCUCACUCUCUGUUAUGCUGGUGCUCAUCUGGGUGCUGACUGGACACUGGCUUCUCAUGGACGCUUUAGCCAUGGGCUUGUGUGUCGCCAUGAUAGCGUUUGUGCGACUUCCCAGUCUGAAGGUGUCUUGCCUGCUGCUGUCAGGACUGCUCAUUUAUGAUGUUUUCUGGGUGUUUUUCUCAGCAUACAUCUUCAAUAGUAAUGUGAUGGUCAAAGUAGCCACUCAGCCUGCUGAAAAUCCCAUAGAUGUUCUGUCCAGGAAGCUCCAUUUGGGGCCGGGGAUGGGCCGUGACGUACCCCGCCUCUCCUUGCCCGGCAAACUCGUCUUUCCCAGUUCCACAGGAAGUCACUUCUCGAUGCUGGGAAUAGGAGACAUCGUGAUGCCAGGGCUGCUGUUAUGCUUUGUCCUGCGUUAUGAUAACUACAAGAAGCAAGCGACCGGGGAAGUCCCAGGGCCCGGUAACAUGUCUGGACGCAUGCAGCGCGUCUCCUAUUUCCACUGCACUCUCAUCGGAUACUUUGUAGGACUGCUGACUGCCACCGUGGCCUCCAGGAUCCAUCGUGCUGCACAGCCCGCUCUGCUCUACCUGGUGCCCUUCACCCUGCUGCCUCUGCUCACCAUGGCCUACCUGAAGGGGGAUUUGCGGCGCAUGUGGUCUGAGCCUUUCCACACUAAGUCUAGCAGCUCUCGCUUCCUAGAGGUAUGAUACAACUUGGGACAAGCGACCAGCACGGAGAAGUUUUUUUUUUUUUUUUUUUUUUUGUUGUUGUUGUUGGGGUUUUUUUUUUCUCCCUUAAUUCGAGGGAAGGAGAGAGGGCACACUCACAGUGAGGCCAUGUUGUCAUCACUCGUUCAUGCUUUCCACCAAUCUUCUGAGAAAACCCUCCGAAGGGACACCAGUGUGUGGAUCACAACGCCCCGACACAACUCAUCUUUGGUCCCUAUAUCCUCCCUGUUUCAUCUCUGCUUCCUCUCUGCUGUUUAUUUCCUCUUCACUACAGCACAUCCUGCCCAUGCUGUUUUUGUUCUGCCCCCCGCCCCCCUCCUUUUUCACGCGUGUAUAGUCUGUCUCAAUUGCCACUUCCCUCACAUGGCCUCGUCUCAUUCGUCAGGCCUCUUCUCUGUCUGCAGUUUCCUCCUUUUUCUACGUCUUUAAUUUCCUCUGCAUCUCUUUGUCUAUGACUCAGAUGAACUCGAGGGCAAGGCCUCCCCUCCCCCCUUUUUGUGGACUUGCAGUUGUGAGACAUAGCAGGGGUUUAUAUAUAUUUUUUUAGCAUUGUCGUGGUCAUUAUUAUUAAUAUUGUUGUUAUUAUUAUUAUUAUUAUGGAACAACUGAAAAAAAUGGAGUUGAGGUGGAGUAUUGCAGCGGCACAGGAGAAUGCCCACGAGCAGCGACACCGUAAAGGAGAAGAGUCUUCCCCUUCCAUCCGUCUGCCCUCGUUCACCUUAGCUUUCUCCCAUCUGUUCCACCAUCGCUCCAUAAUGGCUUCUCCUCGGCGCUCCUGCUCUCCUCUGACACUCCCCGCGAGCUCCUCCUCUCUGUUCAUCUGCUGUCCUCAUUCCCCACCCUCACAGAUAACUAUGUAUUUUAUUUAGAAAAGUUUUAUUCUUGGCAUAUACAGAAAUGAUGCAUUAUAAAUUGUUAAGCUGCCUCCUCCCCCCAGCGUCGGCGGGUGGGGGGCGCUUCUAUUUGUAUAUAUGUGUACACAUGUAUUUGCAGUAUCUUGAGUUUGUAUUUGUGUUUGGGAGCAUGUUGAACAGGGUGGGAAACUGACGCCAGCCAACAGCCGAAUUUUUGGUGAAUUUUGACUGCCAGCUGCGUCGACAAGCAAGCGUCCAUCUAUUGGAGACAGUUUUCUAAAUGUUUGUCGACUUGUCCAAUAGAAGCAACAGAUGUGUGUGUGUGUGUGUGUGUGUGUGUGUGU